CGGGACGCUCCGGCCCUCGGCAGUACCGGCAGCCGAGGGAACGUGUACACCUGGUUGCUGAAACAACGGCCGACCCAGCUGCUCCUCCAAUCACAGCGCCUGUUACUUUGGGCUCUUCGGCAGGCGCCCAAUCACAGGCGAACUCUCAGCUGCCGUGCGUGCGGUUAGUUAAGGUGGCUCGGAACAGCCUCGUUGCGCAUGAGCCUUAAGGCGGCUCCGGCGGCUGCUAGCCGCCACACUCCCCCGCCCUGCCCGAAACGAGCGGCGGAACCUGGCUCCGCCCGCCCGCCCCCUCAGAGCCCUGCGCCUCAGACGAGCUCGGCCCAUAGGCUGGGCCAGGCCCGACCCCCGCCCGACAGCCAGUCCCCGCCAGCGCCUGGGGCCCGGCCCUAGACUGACAGGGGUGGCGGCAAAUCGGAGGGGCCAGGCAGGAACGGAACGCGGCGCUCGGCCAGGAACCGAAGUUGGGGGCCAAAGGCCCAGGCCAUGGGGGCAGAGUGUGCGGGCCGCUCCCUGAGGUAGCAGUAUCACCUUGGAGGAAUAUAACCUUGCUGCCCCACUGACUGGCUGGAAAUACUGGCUCAACUACACUUCUGCCUAUGGUGCCUACCCUAUCUCAGUGUAGCCUGGUGGGGGAAGAAAAGCAGCAAACAGGCUACAGAGAAUUUUUUUGUGCUUCACUGAACUAAUUGUUGCUUGUCCAAACAAAACAGAAUGGAUGGGAAGAAGUGGUACCAAGUUACAGAUAAGGUGGUUGCAGCAGGGUCCAAGUCUCUUCUUUAAAGAGAAGUUCCGGCAUCAAAGAGGGUGAAAAACAAACACUCCAAUCAACCAAGAUGGAAGGAGGCAACAGUCCAAAUCUACAACUUCGGCAACUCCCGUUGGCCACAGCAGCGGUUUCUGUGCAGCCACACACUGACUCCUUUUCUUACAAGGAGAACUUGAUUGGUGCAUUACUGGCUAUUUUUGGUCAUCUUGUUAUCAGUAUUGCACUCAACCUCCAGAAAUACAGCCACAUCCGACUGGCAGGUUCCAAAGACCCCCGAGCCUACUUCAAAACCAAGACGUGGUGGUGUGGACUGUUUCUGCUGGUGCUGGGAGAACUGGGAGUGUUUUCCUCUUAUGCCUUUGCUCCUCUGUCCCUGAUUGUGCCACUCAGUGCAGUGUCUGUUAUAGCUAGUGCAAUCAUAGGAAUUAUAUUUAUUAAAGAAAAAUGGAAGCCCAAGGAUUUUUUGAGACGCUAUGUUUUGUCCUUUGUAGGCUGUGGUUUGGCAAUUGUUGGAACUUAUCUGCUGAUAACAUUUGGACCUAAUAGUCAUGAGAAGAUGACAGGAGAAAAUAUCACUAGGCAUUUAGUGAGCUGGCCAUUUCUGUUGUAUAUGCUUGUGGAGAUCAUCAUAUUCUGCCUGCUACUAUAUUUUUACAAGGAGAAAAAUGCAAACUACAUUGUAGUUAUUCUUCUGCUUGUAGCUUUGCUGGGUUCCAUGACUGUUGUGACCGUGAAGGCUGUGGCAGGCAUGAUUGUUGUCUCAAUACAAGGAAACUUACAACUUGACUACCCUAUAUUUUAUAUCAUGUUGGUGUGCAUGAUUGCUACAGCGAUCUUUCAAGCAACAUUUUUAGCUCAAGCCUCACAGCUGUAUGACUCGUCUCAGAUUGCCAGCAUCGGCUAUAUCCUGUCCACAACAGUCGCAGUCACAGCAGGAGCAACUUUUUACUUGGACUUCACUGGUGAAGAUGUUCUCCAUAUCUGUAUGUUUGCGCUUGGGUGCCUCAUAGCAUUUCUAGGUGUCUUCCUGAUCACAAGAAAUAGGAAGAAAUCUGUACCGUUUGAACCUUACAUAUCAAUGGAUGCUAUGCCAGGCAUGCAGAACAUGCACGAUAAAGGGAUUGCAGUUCAGCCUGACCUCAAAGCUUCUUUUUCCUACGGUGCCCUAGAGAACAAUGACAACAUGCCCGAAAUUUAUACUCCAGCUACAUUGCCAAUUGUGCAGGAGCAACAUGGUUCCAAAGGAGUUUCUGCUCCACCCUACCGGGUGCUGGAGCACAGCAAAAAGGAGUGACCGACCUUUAAGGAACUGAUUUGGAUUGUCAGAAGUAUGACCUUUAUUUAUUUACCCAUUAAAAUAUAAGCAAGUGUAAAGCCAACUGUGAUAUAGCUUAAAGCUUGUCUCAAACUUAACUUUCAAGGCUGAUUAUUAAAAUAAACAACUGUCUAUAGUUGUGAAGUUGAAGGCAUUCGUCUAAACAAGAAGUAAAUCACAGUUCUCCAUUGAAGGCUGCUGUCUGGAAGCAUGAAAUGUAAGCUGCCUGGGUUCCCCACAGCCUGUGCACUGACUGACUCCUGGCCUGACCUUCCUCUCUGCCAGAGAGCCUUCAGUUGUCAGCACGUAGCUGUCUUCUGCUCCGAGUGAAACUUCCUCCAGCCAUAACCUGAGCUUUUGUAUUACUGUGUUGUUUUGGCCCUUUUCUUUCAAAGACUCUAAAGGCAAGAGUCUUGCUCCAAAGCUUUAUAUAACCAUGUUUUAUUUACACAGUCUGUGUGUUUAAAUAAUUCUACUUAAUCUUGGCAGUUCCCUUUACCUACAGGGAGACUUGCUUUUGGAAAUGUCCUGACAAAGGACUCCAAGGGAGGUGAUGUCUGUUUCUACAGCACAUAAAUCACAAUAUUUUAGACUAUUCCAUUGUGCCACAUCAGUAGAACCCGAGGUGUUCCUUAGGCUAUAGACCUUAACUUAAUGCACUGACAUUGUAAGGGUUGCUUUUUUGCCAGUCUGCAUUACCCACCCUAAGCACGAUAGUCAGGCUGCCAGACUGCACCUCGCUCCUGCUUGCUGCCUACGUUCAAUACUUGAAUUUUAAAAUGUGAGGGGUUUUUUUUAUAUGCUUCCCCCUUUCUUGCUCUUUCUCCCAAGCUUCCAAAAGAUUUUAUUUUCUGCUCUUCAGCACAGUCUGAGCAGGCAUGAGCAGGGGCUGCUAGAAGCCAAACAUCCGUUUAAACUGACUGUAGGACUUCUGCGCUCUUUCUGACAGAGAGAGGGCAUAGCUCAGGAUUAAAUAAACUCCUUGCCUCCCUUCUAGUUCAGAGCUUACAAGCUGAAAAUAGGAAGGUAUUUGUACCCUCAAGUCUAUACUUUUUACAGAAUAUUUGUUGGUCUGAGGUGACAAUGGCCGUGCCCGGGAUUACAGCAAACAUUUACAGCUAAACAGCAUGUGAAGAUUUAAAAGAGAGGAGCCCCGUACCACAUUCUAGUCCUCCUUGCAGCAUGAAAAAUAAUCUGUCGGUGUACAGCACACUUGAACAUGUGUAUGUCAAAGCAUGUGUAUGUUUAUGCACGGCUGAUCCCGACAGAGGCGGGGCACUUAUAUUUCCAAACGUGCAGCAUUUUUCAGCAUCAAGAGCUGAAAAAGCAUGCACAAAAAUCAACUAUCUCCUUCACUGAACGGGUAGAAUAGCUCCUUGACUCUCUAUUUCCUAGCUUCUUUAUCGACUGUGAACUGACAUCUAUUGCCUCCACACCGUGUGGCUUGUCAAUGCACCAGAGCACUUAAUACAUUCUCAGUGUGUAUCUUGUGUAACUUAAUGCUGUGGGAUACAGCUCCUGUGUUGGCUGAAUGUACAAAAUGAUCUGCCUGCAAUGUUCUUUUGUUCACAUUAAAAUGUGUAAAUAAAUCAAGCUUUACAGUAUUGGACUAUAAGGAUAACUGCUUAAUUUUUCAUAAGCAAUGUUGCAUGUCUAUUUAAUUCUAUGUCUUUUAGGUGAGACCUUUGGAAAUGACACUUAAUAAAAGAUUGUGGUGAAA